AUGUCUAAGGAAUUGUGUGAUAUAAUUAAUUGGGCUGAUAAUUAUGUUGUUGAUGAUCCGAACAACUCGAGAGAAAAUAUGUAUGAUAGUUUUUUUAAUUCGUAUUGUCCUGAUAAAAACUGUGAUACUGAUGACAACAAAGUUAGUUCUACUUUUAUAUCAUUACUAAAUUUAUUUGAUGGUAUUAGUGAUGAAUAUUUAGAGAAUGAUAGACUUGCUGAAUAUGCUAUUUUAUGGUUAAGUUAUAGACUAAAUCAAAAAACAGAAAGUGAAACCACCACAUUAUACGAUUUUUAUACUGAAAAUAUAAAAAAAAAUAGUAAAUAUAAUGAGGAUAUAGCUACUGAUAGUGGUAGUAAGACUAAAAAGGAAGUUAUAGAUGCAAAAAUAGAAUCGAUGAAUAUUGAUAUUAAAGAUAUAUCUAAUUUUUAUGAUGCAUUUAAAUCAUUAUGUAACAUGUAUAGUGAAAUUGGUGCAGAACCAAAUAUUGAAUGCAAGACAUGUUUAGAAAAUGCUGGAGAAUUGUUUGAAAAAUAUGAAAAACUUAAAAAUGAUUUAGAUAUUAAUAAAGGAAGUUCAUAUUAUAAACUAUUGUCUAGUUUAUCAAAUGAUUAUAAAAUUUUUGAAUAUAAAUAUAAUAAUAAAUGUAUUAGUAUCUCACAACUUGUAGCUUGUCCACGAAGUUCAUUAACAAAAAAUAUGCUAAUUACAAUUGCAAUUAUAUUUGUUGCAGCAUCAAUUUUAUUGGGAGUUUCUUAUAAGUAUUCGUUAUUUGGAUUUCGGAAACGAUCUCAAAAACAACAUUUAAGAGAAAUGGUAAAAAAAUAA